AUGGUAAUGUCAGCACAGAGAGAAAUUACAACGGAACAGCCCAUACCUGAACAAGAUAGAAUAAAGCUUCAAGAAAAUGAAUUAAAUUUGAAUAUUGAAACAACUGAACCAUUCGAGGAAAGUGUUUCAAAUGACACUAACAAAGAACCUGAAGAUUAUUCACAUUGUCCCAUUUGCAAGACUGCUUUACAGAAAUUUUUAAUCCAACAAAAUUAUUCUCUAGUGAUGUGUCCUAAAGAUGAGUGUAAUUACCCAUUCAACCAAGAGCAUAAUAUAGAUAAUAUUGCUUAUGUAGAUGAAAAAGAGAUUUUAGAAGUGGCCCAACAGAGACUCUCUUUGAAUCCAAAAUAG